UUCCAAAGAGCAGAGAUGUGGCGACAACUUUUGAUAGUUACCUGCAGCACGUAUAAUGCUGCGUCUGCGAUAUGGUUACUGAGAGAAACAUCUCGACAUAUUGCGAAGAAGAGAGCCCUACGUUAUUGGAAAGGUGGAUCCAGUGAAGACAGGAUCAGUGCGUUACCAGAUGAUUUACUCGUGCAUAUAUUGACGUUUGUCCCAACAAAAAAAGUCGGGGCUACCAUGCUUUUGUCCAAACGUUGGCGAACUACAUGGACGAUGGUGCCACAACUCGAUUACAGAGACAUCGAUUAUGGUGCUAUUCGCAAAAGUUUUGUCGGCGGUUUAAUUGCCCGUUUAUUUGGCAAAAGUGAUGAGCAACGGUACCGGUCUAUUUGGCCGUUACUUGACGGAUCAUUACAAGCCCACAAGGCACCCGUAUUAGAAAAAUUAACUAUAGUACUACUGGGUCCAAGAUGUCCGGUAGAUGCUGAUAUGGGAAAGUGGAUUGCGAAUGCGGUUGAGCGCAAGGUUCGCGAGCUAGUGUUCCGGCUCUCCUGGUCCGCAGGGCCUACGACCGGCUUGCCGAAGAGCCUUUACACAUGUGAUACACUUUACACCUUAUGUCUUCGCGACAAGAUUCUCGUGGAUGUUCCUUCUCCGGCUUGCCUCCCAUCACUCCAACGUCUUUAUCUUUACUCCGUGGUGUAUAAAGAUGAAGAUUCUCAUGUUAGGUUAUUAUCGAGUUGUCCUAUCCUAAAAGCAUUGUAUGUGAGACGACAUCGCCAAGAUAACGUGACAAAGUUCAAUAUAAAAGUGCCAUCAUUGGAAUGCCUUCUUUAUGAUUUUCUCGAAUUCGUAGGGCACGAUGGGUCGUUGGUUAUAGAUUCACCGGCUUUAAAGAGAGUCUUAAUCAGAGACUAUUCAGGAGACUCUUGUUUGAUUGAGAACAAGCCUCGCUUUGAUAAGGCCACAAUCCAUGUUGCUAAUUCUUACCCUAACAGCAAGUUUAUCAAAUCGCUUUCCUCACUCAUGCAUCUCGAAUUACUUUUGGUCACUCCAGCGGUUGUGUGUUGUAACGCCAUUAACUUCUCGAAGCUUAUAGACUGUAGAAUACAACUUCAAAAUGACUUAGACUGGUUGGAACCACUAAUGCUUUUGCUUCAUAAUUCUCCUAAUCUAAAACUUCUCUUCAUCCACCAGGACCAACCGAGUUCUGUUCCGAAAUGUUUGUCAGCACAUCUCGAGAUAUUUGAGUGGAAACAAUAUGGAGGAAGAAGCGAAGAGAAACAAGUGGUAGAGUACAUUUUUGCUAACUCUAAGUGUUUGAAGAAAGCUGGAAUUUCCAUGAAAUCAAAACUGAGAGGUAAGAAGAAGAUGAUGAAAGAGUUGGAAUCUAUGCCUAGGGUUUCGAUAUCAUCCCAACUUCUCUUCUCCACUCAAUUGGGUUCCCUGACCAUUAAAAUGGCUAACUAA